ACGCUAAUGUGAAUCAUCGACGCGUCUUUCUGACGCAGGUAGCACUGCCGCGACGAUAUCGCGAUAAUCGAGAGCGGGAUAGCCGUGUGAGUGUGGCGCCCGUUAAAGCCAGUUCUUCAUCUAGCAAACGUCACGGCGAGUCAGAAUAGCGUGGAGGAAUAUUUGUUAACAGCUUUGACACACCGGGGAGAUUGUUCGAGCGGCGCGACGGUACACGAAGCUCGUCUCGAAGAUUGCGCGGCUCUAAACGUGUGUGUUUACCCGCGGCCAUGUGUGUUUACACUUUUGCACUGUCUCGUGCAAGUGCCGUCUGACGAGGCAACACGAAAAGCGUAGUCGGUGGAACCGCAGGCAAUCGGUGCUCGUGAGGCAACGUGUUCAGACGAAAAGUUUCAUUCGCCAUGAAUAAGUUGAGUUGCAUCGGCGUGUCGUUGGCGGCGAAGAUAAUCGGCACUUACACAAUGUCUGUGUCAAUCCUAAUGAUAAACGUAUCGAUGAGCAACUUCUUCUCGAGAAAAGGAGAGGAGGACUUCUUCGAUUCCUGCAAGAUCUGGGCCAUGCUAGGACUGAAUUGGAUACAGGCUUUGAGGAACAUGCAGCUACAGAAGAGAGCUCAAAUUGCCAUGACGUGUUUCUUCAUAUAUGCUCUGCUAUUUUUACUAGCCAGCGCGUGUCUCGCAUUGGGCUCAAUAUUGAGAAGACAUAAGUGCGCCGUGCCUUGGAUGUAUUUGCAAAUGAUUAGCAUAAUAGAUCAGUCUGUGGCGUUAUCAAUCCGUCUGUCACACAGCCAGCAGCAAUACGAUGCUUUGGAGAAAUCUGCGUGGUACAUUCCGGUAUCUAGCGUUUAUCUCAUUGUCAGCAUAUACUUCUGGGUGAUCGUGCAAACGGCUCGAAAACGAUGGUUCAAUGAACAGCAGGAUCGUGUCAACUACGUAACUACGAUAUCGAUUCCUUUACCGGCACCUGUAGACAGCAGCUGCACGAAGACACCGUCGUUCCUUUCGCAAAACUUCUCGAUGUUCGAGUCGCCGCGACCACCGACCGUCUUGUCGAAAUAACGCCGAAACGCGCUGAAGAAAGUUGUGAAGUGUGAACUACUGAAAACGAUCUGGGUGAACUCAUCGAGCGCGGAGCAUGUUGUGAAAGUUUCGCGACUGCGAUCGUUUAAAAAACAGUGUGGUGAAGUGGCGAACAAGUGUUUUUCCGGAUACUUUGCGAACGCUGAUUUAGCAUCGUGACUCUCAGCAAGAGACUUGUGCUGCAGAUAUAUAGUAUAUUUAUUUUCUACUUGCGAGACAACGUUCUUUUACAUCACGGAAUAAAAAUCACCGAUUGAUAA